GUGGGGGUUCCAACCCAUUCCAGCACCUGGAGAAGAGUGCAGUCUUGCAAGAGGCACGGGUGUUUAAUGAGACUCCCAUAAACCCACGAAAAUGUGCUCACAUCCUCACCAAGAUCCUGUAUCUCAUAAACCAGGGGGAGCACCUUGGUGUCAUGGAAGCUACCGAAUCCUUCUUUGCUAUGACCAAGCUGUUUCAGUCCAAUGAUCCAACUCUUCGCAGGAUGUGUUACCUGACUAUCAAAGAGAUGUCUUCUAUUGCAGAAGAUGUAAUAAUUGUUACUAGCAGCUUAACCAAAGACAUGACUGGGAAGGAUGACAACUACCGAGGCCCGGCUGUGAGAGCGCUCUGUCAAAUCACUGAUAGUACCAUGCUGCAGGCCAUCGAGCGCUACAUGAAGCAGGCGAUUGUUGACAAAGUGCCAAGUGUAUCCAGCUCUGCUCUGGUCUCCUCCUUGCACCUGCUGAAGACCAGUUAUGAUGUGGUAAAGCGCUGGGUGAACGAGGCUCAGGAGGCAGCUUCCAGUGACAAUAUCAUGGUGCAGUAUCAUGCUCUGGGCUUGCUCUACCACGUGCGGAAGAAUGACCGCCUGGCAGUCAACAAGAUGCUCAGCAAGUUCACACGCCACGGCCUGAAGUCACCGUUUGCUUACUGCAUGAUGAUUCGGGUAGCCAGCAAGCUGCUGGAGGAAGAGGCUGGCAGGUGAGGGGCUCCUUUGCCCUGCUGGAAGAAUUUCCU